CAGCCCGCGGCGCCUGCGCAGAAGGCUGUAGACGCUGUGAAGCAGGAGGCACUUGGGAUCGUACGCAGGAUUGGGACUGCUACAGAGGCCGCCACGGAGCCCGCCGGAGCCACCGUUCCUACUGCUGCUGCCGCCGCUGCCCGAAUCGGAACCGUCGGGCCGCAGCCGCCGGCAAUGCCGCGAAGGAAGAGGAAUGCAGGCAGUAGUUCAGAUGGAACCGAAGAUUCCGAUUUUUCUACAGAUCUCGAGCACACAGACAGUUCAGAGAGUGAUGGCACAUCCCGGCGAUCCGCCCGAGUCACCCGCUCCUCAGCCCGACUAAGCCAGAGUUCCCAAGAUUCCAGUCCUGUUCGAAAUUUGCAGUCUUUUGGCACCGAGGAGCCUGCUUAUUCUACCAGGAGAGUGACCCGUAGUCAGCAGCAGCCUACCCCAGUGACUCCGAAAAAAUACCCUCUUCGGCAGACUCGUUCAUCUGGCUCAGAAACUGAGCAAGUGGUUGACUUUUCAGAUAGAGAAACUAAAAAUACAGCUGAUCACGAUGAGUCUCCACCUCGAACGCCAACUGGAAAUGCCCCUUCUUCUGAGUCUGAUAUAGACAUCUCCAGCCCCAACGUUUCUCACGAUGAGAGCAUUGCCAAGGACAUGUCCUUGAAGGACUCAGGCAGUGAUCUCUCUCAUCGCCCCAAGCGCCGCCGCUUCCAUGAAAGCUACAAUUUCAAUAUGAAGUGUCCUACACCAGGCUGUAACUCCCUAGGACACCUUACAGGAAAACACGAGAGACAUUUCUCUAUAUCAGGAUGCCCUCUCUAUCAUAAUCUCUCAGCUGAUGAAUGCAAGGUGAGAGCACAGAGCCGGGAUAAGCAGAUAGAAGAAAGGAUGCUGUCCCACAGGCAAGAUGACAACAACAGGCAUGCAACCAGGCACCAGGCACCAACAGAGAGGCAGUUGCGAUAUAAGGAAAAGGUUGCUGAACUCAGGAAGAAAAGAAAUUCUGGGCUGAGCAAAGAACAGAAAGAGAAAUAUAUGGAACACAGGCAGACCUAUGGGAACACUCGGGAACCUCUUUUGGAAAACCUGACUAGCGAGUAUGACUUGGAUCUUUUCCGAAGAGCACAAGCCCGGGCUUCAGAGGAUCUGGAGAAGUUAAGGCUGCAAGGCCAAAUCACAGAGGGGAGCAACAUGAUUAAAACAAUUGCUUUUGGUCGCUAUGAGCUUGAUACGUGGUACCAUUCUCCCUAUCCUGAGGAAUAUGCGCGACUGGGACGUCUUUACAUGUGUGAAUUCUGUUUAAAAUACAUGAAGAGCCAAACAAUACUCCGCCGACACAUGGCUAAGUGUGUGUGGAAACACCCACCCGGAGAUGAGAUAUAUCGCAAAGGUUCAAUCUCUGUGUUUGAAGUGGAUGGCAAGAAAAACAAGAUCUACUGCCAAAACCUGUGCCUGUUGGCCAAGCUUUUCCUGGACCACAAGACAUUAUAUUACGAUGUGGAGCCCUUCCUGUUCUAUGUUAUGACAGAAGCAGACAACACUGGUUGUCACCUGAUUGGAUAUUUUUCCAAGGAAAAGAAUUCAUUCCUCAACUACAAUGUAUCCUGUAUCCUUACCAUGCCUCAGUACAUGAGACAGGGCUAUGGCAAGAUGCUCAUUGAUUUCAGUUAUUUGCUUUCCAAAGUGGAAGAAAAAGUUGGCUCCCCAGAGCGUCCACUCUCAGAUCUGGGGCUCAUAAGCUACCGCAGUUACUGGAAAGAAGUGCUUCUUCGUUACCUGCAUAAUUUCCAAGGCAAAGAGAUUUCUAUCAAAGAAAUUAGCCAGGAGACAGCUGUGAAUCCUGUGGACAUUGUCAGCACUCUGCAAGCCCUUCAGAUGCUCAAAUAUUGGAAAGGAAAACACCUAGUUUUGAAGAGACAGGACCUGAUUGAUGAGUGGAUAGCCAAAGAGGCCAAAAGAUCCAACUCCAAUAAAACCAUGGAUCCAAGCUGUUUAAAAUGGACCCCUCCCAAGGGCACUUAAAGUGACCGGUUACUCCGAGCCAGCGAACCCCAGCAGUAGGAAUCCGUACCCUAGGGAUCUGUCUGUCAUUUCUGUUGCUCUUGUGAUUGGCAAGUACAGUAUCCUUUGGGAAGGCCAUCCCCCUCAGGACUGUCCUGGCUCCGACCUUCGUGUACACUGCAGACGCUGGUUCUGAGGAACUGUUGUUUCGGCCUCAGUGAGGUUGCCUGGAUGGGAUCUGUAUUAGACUUGAGUGCAGAUCCCUCGUAGCACUGACCCAAGGUGUUCUGUUUUGGUACUGUACCUGUCCAGUCACUGGUUCUCUCCUCUGGCCCCAUGAGGUUGUGUCGUGUCUUCUAAACUUUGUAAUAGUGCUUCUUCUUGCCGCCCAGUCACCAGACCACCAACUACGGUUACUGCCACCAGGACAUUCCCAGUUACUCCUUACCUGUGUUCUUGGAGGGGCAGGGAAGAGGUAACACUUCUGAGUGUGUGUGUGUGCUGGGAGGGGUCCCUUCCCUUUGGAUUUCAUCUCACUUUAAGUUUUUUCCUCCAUUUUUACUGAAAGACCUGUUUUUGAUCAGUAUCAGGCUGACAAGAGCCAAAUCCUUUUUUUUUGCGGUACGCAGGCCUCUCACUGUUGUGGCCUCUCCCGUUGCGGAGCACAAGCUCCGGACGCGCAGGCUUAGCAGCCAUGGCUCACGGGCCUAGCCGCUCCGCCACAUGUGGGAUCUUCCCGGACCGGGGCACGAACCCGCGUCCCCUGCAUCGGCGGGCGGACUCUCAACCACUGCGCCACCAGGGAAGCCCCGAGCCAAAUACUUUUGAAGACUCGCAGGGAUUAGUCUUGGUUACAGCACAUUAUCUGAGUGAGAUGGAGAAAAGAAUGGAGAAGUGGUGAUUCUGUAUUUGGAUUUGAGUUCACCUGUGGGCAGUGGGCAACGUCUUGGUGGAAGGGAAUGGAAUACUACUUUUUGCCUCACCAGAAAGUGCCCAGUGGUAAAUGUUUUCUUCUCUUUACUCCCUGCCCGUCUUUACGUUUGCAGGUGCCAAAAUACUUUCCAGUUCUCCCUUUCAUGCUGCAUGUUAACUGGUUAAUUAUACUGCAGAAACCUUUUCACCAGUACCAGUCUGAUAUAGCAUACCUGUACUUCCACAUAAGUUACACUGCUUUUGUCUGAACAUCCUUGGAGAAGUGAUUGAAAAUGACUUCCGUGUCUCAGCCCAUGACUCAGCAAGGCAGAAUGGCCACCCCUGCCAAGGUUUGCUUCCCUUUUCAACAGUGCCUCACCCUCCCUCUAAGACUGAAGUGCUUAUGCCCUUCCAAGAACUCCUCCUCCAUUUCCUUUUUGGGAUUUACCACCAUCCCCCCAUUCUCUGGUCUCCUAUUUUUGGUGUUGUUUAAGUGAAGGAAGAGAUGCUCCCUCUAAUUUCUCUCUAGCCCAUUAUAACCUGCUAUCUUGGGGCAGCUUUUGAUGUAUGACAUGUCACCCUUUCCAACUUGGUCUCUACAACACCGCUGUCUUCAUGUGGAGCCCUCACCACAAUCCCAACUCUGGUCGUUUGUGCCUUUCUCUUGUCGUCUUUGUACGCGGCUUAUACUCACUGUGGGUUGGGGGGAGCUAAUUUUAAGCAUGUUCAGUGGCAGCUCCCUGCCAGUGUCAGUGUCACUGUUAAAAUUCAUCCAAAAGCAACUUCACUGGGGCUUUUCUUAAGGGGUAAAGGCCUUUUACAGAAGCUAACCCUUCCCCACACGUGGUAGAAUGUGCUGUUCUAUAUCUACUCCUCAAUAAAGCAUGUUCUCUGCUCAA